AUGUUCGAUGAUAUUAUACGUUUUCAUCCAGAUGAAACAUAUAAAUAUGCUGGUGAAUUGAUGCGUAAUGUACAAAAUUCUACAAGUAUUCGAUUUUAUUUGUAUGCUAAAGAAGAUAUUGAUGCUAUUCGACAACAAAUACCAUUAUUAACAAGUGUAAGAGGAACAUCACUCUUCCACGAAAUUAUAGCUCAUCCAGAUGGAAAAAUAUUUGCUAAGUCGAAAUUGGACGAUAAAGAAAAAUUAAUAAAAACCAAUUUUUGA